AUGGCCAGGAUCCUCGAUAGCCAACGAAAUGUGACCCCGGCCAAGCUGGAGGUCAAGCGCCACCGAACCUUCCGCUUUCUGGAGAAGGCAACCAACACAAACCACACAAUGGCCCAGCUCCACUUGGCCGAGUGUUAUCACAACGGAUUCGGAGUCGACCGAGACCAAAUCAAAGCUGUCGAUAUGUUUCGCAGUCUUGCAGAACGUGGAAUCCCUCAGGCCCAUAUCGCUCUUGGCCGCUGCUAUGAGAGUGGCGAAGGUGUCGAUCAAGAUUUCGAUGUGGCCAUCGAGUGGUACUCCAAGGCCGCCGAUCAGGGCAGUGAAGAUGGUCGACUCCAUAUCAUAUUCCUCCGUGGAUGUGGCCACGUUGCAUCGGAAGACCGAGAAAAGUCAUUUGAGUGGUUCAGCAAGUCGGCCAACCAAGGCAACUCAUAUGGACAGUGGUGGAUUGGUGUGUGCUACAACAAUGGACACGGGGUCGCCGAGGAUUAUACCAAGGCAUUCGAGUGGCGCCGCAAGUCGGCCGAACAGGGAAAUCGGUACGGACAAAGCGAUCUCGGUGCCUGCUAUCAAUAUGGCUACGGUGUCCCUGUGGACGUCAAUGCCGCCGUUUUCUGGUAUCGCAAGUCUGCCGACCAGGGCCUCGACAUUGCUAUGAAUAGGCUCAAGAGGCUUGGAAAGUGGCCUUGA